AUGCCUGAGAAUGCAGAAGCUCACUCCGUCCACCUCCCCACCAACCGCACCUGCACCGUAGAGAUCACCAACGUCAGCGCCAACUACUGCCUGGUCAACCCAAAAGUUUACAUGGACAUGGGUUAUUCCUACAGCCCCCCCCAGCCCACCGUGCGCACCACCAAGACCGAGGUGUGCUCCUUCAUCAAGGACGACAACACGGCCACAGGAACCGCCGGCGUCCUGACCUACGAGAUGUUCCACAUGCAAAGUCGCGGCUGCGUAAAGAUGAUGGCCAUCAUGUUCUCCGUGCCCUUCGACUACACCUACUACAAGAACUACCUGGGCAUCGGCUUCUUCGACAAAGAUCGGGAGGGCAAAGAUCUGUUCAAAUACAUGUACAAUAACAAAGAGUUCCCAGAUUUCAUGCGCCAAGAGGCCAACGGCAGCGGCGUGAAGUACUGCCCUGACAACGAGAAGGUGGAAGUGAGGGGCUGCAUGAAUGAUGACAACCAGGGCAUUGUUAAAAUUGAGUUGUACGACAGUAUGAGGCAAUGA